UGGUCCCCAUAUAAACCUGAUAUUCUUCUCCACCUAAAGUACAUGUAUAUCAGGCAAUCUUGAGCUUUAGUUAAUUAGAAUUGCUUGAGUGCCUUCGUGGACUACUUCUUGCAUGAUAUGCUUUCAAGUGUUCAGUUGAAGCUGUAUUUGUGAUCGUGAAGGUCUGGCUUGUAUGAAUGUCACCAGCUUUUGUAUGUACUGUAUGCAAUGGUGAGAAGAUACUCCAUGAGUUGAAGCCGGAAGUUUGCAGGCUGAUGAAAUCUUGGUACUUAUGAAGGAAAGGUGAAUAUUUUGUGUCCUCUAAGUGGAUGUAUGCCUUCAGUGUUAUUUUGGACAGAUAAGGUACAAGGAAGAGAAGCAUAUUCUUGGUCUAAUACACAGACGAUUGAGAUGAGGAGAAGAGACCUUUGGUGAGCUGAUGACGUACCUACCCAGUGUCAAGGCUUCAGACUUCUACACCAAGGUGACAGAUCGGAAGCACAGCAGAAGCCUCCAUGGGACACAGGAGACCCUCCACCGUCCAGCAGGUGUCCUGCUACCCAUUACACUCUGCCCCAGGAUGAGGGCGCUCUUGCGAUUACAGACAUACACCGUGGCAAUCGCUCUUUCCAGCCUGAUCUCCGUGACGCUGAUCUUCUACACGUUCAGCAGCGGGGGCGGAGGCAGCGGCAUCCAGGGAGGAUCCUUGUUCUCAAACUACCGUCGGAUCAAUCACCUGGAGCAUGCGGUGGAGACUUUGAAAAGCAAGCUCUCAGAGGCAGAGGCCUACGAGAAGGAACUCCUGGUGAAGAUUGAGGAUCUGCAGGAGCAGGCCAACUCGGAACAUGCCAGUACCAUUCAGGUACGGGGGAUCGAAGAGCGAAGUGGAUGGGAAGGGGUGGGAGACUCCCCUGAUAAUGCCCCGGGCCACAAUGCCAACCAGCGCCAGCAGCAGAUCUACAGCUGCAGGCACACGGACAUCAUCAAGGUCGGCAGGACGAUCGGACAGGGCCACACGAAGGUGGUCCAGGAAGGGACGUUGCUUGGUCGGAAGGUUGCGGUCAAGAGCGCUGGCAUGCAGGUUAAAAGCGUGAAGGACUGCCUCGAGAAGGGCAUCUACCACAAGAAGGAGGACUGUCUCAUUCUAGCCAUGUACAAAGUACUGAAGGAAGCCAUGAUCCUGCGUCAGGUCAGGCAUCCACACAUCGUGAACCUGAUAGGACUGUGUGCUCGCAGUGAGAACGGGAGUCCUAACAUCAAGGAGAGGGGCAUCACCCUGGUGGUGGAGCUGGGGACACCUGUCCAUCUUCAUGAACUGGUGGAAGACACCUGGGCCAAGAGAGUCAAAUACUGCAUGGAGAUUGGCAGACUGCUGCAGUUUCUUGAGGAUUCGCCGAUGGGCAGCACGGCCAUCAGUGACUUCAGGGACGAGCAGUUCGUCAUAGUGGACGGUGCCCUCAAGCUGUCCGACGUGGACGAUCUGAGCAGCACCGAGCCAGACUGCGAUGAGAACAUGCAGUGCCUGGUCAACGGCAAAUCUGCUGUCAAGUGCUCAUCGAACAUGAAGUGUGGUGGCCUCAACGCCUCCCUCAACCUCUUCCAUGCCUACGAGGUCUUCAUCGGUCCCCUUCUCAGCAGGGACGUGCCCCCCUCGCUCGACACGGCCGCCAAACGUCUUCUCAAGUCCCUCCAGAAAGGAGAACUGGAUGCAGAGGGCAUGGUUUACAGACUUAAGAACUUGCAGUCCAUCCCCUGAAGAUGGCGCAUCCAUUGAAGAAAUGGAGAUGCACUGUAGAGGAUAUAGAGGGGACACCUUAAUGCCCUGGUCGAAGCUGAAGACAAGACAAGACAGUGAGGCCAUCUUUCCCCUUCCAUUCCAAGCAGAAAUCUGCAACAGAUGAGGUGGAAAUCUACCAGCAGAGGCAUGACAGGAAUGGCAAGAAUGCAGACAAACGGUGUAGUCAUCGAAGAGCGCAUGGAUGAAACAUGACACAAAUGUAAAUGCGUGGGACAUGUGUGCAGCGAGCAUGUUUGCAACAUUUAUGUCGUCCUGCUCCGUCAAAUCAUUUUCAUCUUUGGAGCCUGCCCUCUGGCUGUCAGUGUUUGUCAGGAGCGAGAUGGAGUCGAUGUAGAAGCUACUUUGAAACCCAAAACUUUCAGGAAUUUUCCUAGUGGUCCAGAAUGUUGCAAAUACAAUGCUUUUGAGAAGAAAAAAACUGUGUUUCUGGUUCGGGCACAAUAUGUGCGACUCUUCUCUAUGAAUACAAAGACAGUGAUCAUUUUAAUCUGAACGUUCAUUUGUUUGCUUUGAACGAGAAGCAAAUUUAAUUUUACGGCCAGUACGAUAGGAGAUGUUAGUAGAAUAAGUUUAUGCAGCUGCGUGGUGUUGUUAUGAAAGUAAUUGCCACGAUGUGGGUGGAGGAAUCUGAGUGCAAAACAGUCUGAAGAAAUCAAAAGUGCAUUUGAUGUGGGAAGUGGAAAUAGAUGUGAUAUUCUUGAGAGGGUUCGGCUUCAAAUCAUAGACCAUCACAAAACUGGUCGGAUGUCAUUAAAAUUUGAAACCAGUUUAGCUUUUAUUUCCCACAAGGAGGCUUGCACUACCCCCCCCCCCCCCCACCCCCCACCCCCCCCCCCCCAAAAAAAAAAGAGGGGAAAAAAAAUCAGUAUUAUGACUCAUAUGACUAUCCAGAACAUUGAUCAUGAAGAUUUUAUGUGUUUGAAUGUUUUUUGUAAAAUGCUGUAAAAAAUUCUUCCUAGAUUAUUUUUGUGUGUUUAUACAGAGGGCUUAAUAAAAAUUGAAAUACAAGACCAUUUUUUGCAUAUUUUAUACUAUACUCAAACUAUGUAGAGGAUUUUUGCUAUAGAUUGACAGAAAGUGCUUCUUUUCUAAUCAACCAAAGAUAUAUUCUAAACGAACCCACCGUAAUUAAAAAGCCAGUUUUGAGUAUUACAUGUACUUCUUGUUAUCAAUUUGAAAAUUCAUGUAAUGAAUUUAUUUACUUUGUUGUAUGGUCUGUACAUUAGAAAUGAGCUUCUGAAGCCUAAUUUUUGCAUGAGUAUUGAGAAUAUAUAUUUAUACGACUUUAUCGUUUAUUCUGCACGUGCAACCGAUGAUAUUGAUUUGCUGGAUUGUUUAUAUUUUCUUUUUCGAAUGUCAAUAUAUAUUUACUAAUGUUGUAGACUGUCCUCAACUUUUCUAUCAGUGAUGUAUCAUGUAUUUCUCAGUCUUCUGUUUUUUCUUUUCUUUUCUUUCUUUUGUUCUGAGUUAACUAUAAGAGCGUAUUACCAAUGUUUUUAGUGGGCUUAAAUCAUUAGUUAAAGGCAUAUUUUGUAUUUGUUUUAAAACCUUUGAUUUCCAAUCUUCGCUAUUUCAUGCAGCUUAUUUCUUGAUUCUUGUGUAAUGCUAAGAAUUUCUAUGUGUGUGUUUGAAAAUCAAUGUGUGGCAACCAUUUAGGAUGUUGAGAGGGGUAAACGUUGGGGAGGAGGGGGGGGGGGUGGGGAAGGAGGUGUCAGGGGUCAAAGGGCACACAUAGUGGAGGCAAACAUAUAUCGAGUAGGAAACAGAAUAGUAACAGGGGAGCAGCCCAGUGUUAAUGUCACUGUAAUAUAUACAUUUAUCCUUUUUGCAUAUGUUUUAAUGUUGUUUUGUAAUAGUUAAAUAAUAAUAAUAAUGAUAAUAAUAGUAGGUUCUGGUAUAGCGGUCAUGUCUGGCAGACUUGACACUCCUCACACUCUUUCACUAUUACCCCUGCUUUUAGCCUAGCUGCCAUUAUGGUGCUCUAGCAUUUCAAGGAAUUAAUUCCUGCCAGGUACCCAUUUACCUGCCCUGGGUCAAGUGUGGCAAAUGUUGAUUAAUUUCUUGCCAAAGGACAUUCAUGCAGUGGAAUCGAACCGUCAACCAUGCGAUCCACAUCUCGGUGAUGUACGUAUCCACCAGGCCACGACACAAUCAUGUACUUUAUUUGGUGGCUCACAAACUACAUCUCAGUCAUUAAUAAUUUGAUAAUCAUGACGGGUGAUUCCCUAAAUCUUCCAGCCCAGCUAAAAUAAGUGUAGAACAGGAAGAACAAUCUAGAAAUUGCAACCGGAGUUCUGUUGCAAUCCGGAUAUUUACGUUUAGUCGUAUUUCAUUUUUAAUAGCUUUGUUCAAAGCGUGGUUCUUUUUUACACUUUUGAGAAACGAUAGAUUCUUUAUUGAUCCAAGCUUACAUUAAAUUGAUUAUGUUGUGUUGUACUGUUAAGUCCCUAGUCUGGCCCUGACAUGAAUUGAUCAGGCUUUUCUCUGCUAGAAGGAAAUUGUGCAGCAAUAUUCAGAAAUCAUUAUUUCUUUUUAUUUUGAACAAGAUAAUAAAAAUGAAAUCAGGGCUAUUGGUCACAUGAACCCCCAUAUAUUUUCAGAACUUCCUUGAGAACAAUUACAUGUCAGUCUUGUGGCCAUGGGCUAUCGGCCUCUUUGGCUGUUGGUUAGACAAUCUUCAGAAGACUUACAAGAACAAUGAUUUCUUUCUAAUAACGGGGCUGUUGUCCAUCUACAUGUUUUAUAGGUUUAAAAUAUAAUGGUCAAGAAGUUCAGAAUUUUGUAAUGCCUCUUUCAAAGAAGACAAAUUAAGUUGUGUGUAUGACACUGAAAAAAUGUAUUGUGUAAAAUUAUGCUAGGCUUGUAAAUUAUGGAAUAUAUCUUUACUGUUUAUCAUUGUAAAAUAAUUUAUGGUAAGAGCAGAUUUUUAUAGAAAAUUGAACAUUCCAGACAAUAUUCCAGUUGUAAUGCCUUAGAUUGAAGAUAAAGACUAUAGAGGGAGGUAUUGUAAACAAGAAAAUUAUUGACGUAGAAAAGAGAUAAAUUUUCAGGGCAGGAAACUCACAAAUCACAGAUAAUUAGUGUUGUAUCGAUUGUGAUUCAGUGAUUUGAUCAAUUUGCAAUACAAAAGGACAUUAAUUCCAUCUUAAAUGAAAGGGGUUUUCCCCUCCUGCUUAGAUAAAAAAAGUGACAUGUUUUAUAUGAAAUGAAGUGCAAAUAUUGAUUUUGUGAUGAGAGGGAGCAAAAAGCAGCAAUAUUUAUGAGACUAAUUGUAGAUUUCUCAUGAUAUUAGGUAUUUGGUGAACAGCAACUUGCCAAUAAGGUUGUAGUGUACUAUUAAACUGUCUUUGUGCAAAAUCUUUGAGUCUUUGUUAUUGCUUGUAUGCUAUUCUUGUGGAGCUUUGUCACUCUUGGAAGGCUUGUGUGAACUUUACAACGUGAUGUUUUUCUUUGUUCAAUAUUUACAACUUACGAAUCGUGUAUUUGUAUAUUAUAGCAAAAAUAAAAUUUACGACAUUGACUUCUGUGUGACAA